AUGCACCUCUCAUUUUUGCUAUCGGCAUUGGCUCUGCUGCCUCGAUCCUUUGCAACUUCAACCUUGGCCUACUGUUCUACGGAAAAUACUGGAGUGUCCGGUGGAUCCUCAUCGAGUACCUACCAAUCGAACGGCCUCUGUGAAGGAACCUGCGCUGAUUACGCCUUCGGAAUUCUUCAACAAAAGCUGUGUUGGUGCUCGAAUAUUGUACCAGCGUCUGGUACUCGAGAGAGUACCACCAAAUGUGAUUCAGGAUGUCCUGGUUAUCCCGAAGAUAGCUGUGGUAAUUCUACCAUGGGAGUAUACGCCUAUGUUGCAAUUUCGGGAAACAGUGCGACCAGCACCGCUAGCGGUAGCAGUUCAUCGUCAACCAGUACAGGGACUACUUCAAGUUCAAGCUCUUCGUCGAGCACCAUCUCCACUACUGAUAGCUCCUCUUCAUCCUCCACCACGACCACGGCUCCCACUGUCGCUUACACCACCUCUUCCGAUGGUCAAGUUAAGACCAUUACCGUUUCUGCCUCGAGUUCUACCUCUGGUGCCGAUGGGAGUGCUGUCUCCACCACUAGCGAAAAGAGUUCUGGCCUGAGCGGUGGAUCGAUUGCUGGAAUUGUCGUUGGAGUACUUGGUGGUCUUGCCCUGGUUGGCGCGCUGGUUUUCCUCGUCUUCUUCUACCGCAAGCGUGCUCGCUCAUCGAGCCCCGUUCCAAGCCAAGAUAUGGCCGACCGAACAAGCCAGGGCUCAAAUUGGUCUCGUGGUGUCUUCCCUGGUGGUGCUGGCGGAUCCGACCUCGGACGCAAGGCCACUUUCACCGACAACCGCAUGAAGACCUCCACCGCCAUCUAUCCCAACGGCCCUCGGGAUAGCAGUGUCUCGCUGCAGGACAACGAGGACUACUCGCGACCUGUUCUUCGUCUCACCAACCCGGACGAAAUUUGA